AUGCUACUUCUAUUAAAACUUCUAUCACAUUCUGUUACAACUGCUACUAUUGUAUUAUUAUUAUUAUUAUUAUUAUUAUUAUUAUUAUUAUUAUUAUUAUUAUUAUUAUUAUUAUUAUUAUUAUUAUUAUUAUUAUUAUUAUUAUUAUUAUUAUUAUUAUUAUUAUUAUUAUUAUUAUUAUUAUUAUUAUUAUUAUUAUUAUUAUUAUUAUUAUUAUUAUUAUUAUUAUUAUUAUUAUGA